AUGGAGACCGCCGUGACCAUCUCGCCCCCUCCCUCCCCUACGGAGAUAAUGCUCUACCGAUACCUGACCAGUAUUACGGCAUUCGAGGCUGCAAAUAUCCUUGGGUCUUGUCCCGAGAACACCCGUCUUGCGGAUUAUGCUGCAAAGGUUGUUGCUGAACUCCCUGCUUCUUUUUUCGAACAGCCUAUUCCUGUCCCAGAAGGACCUCACUUUGUUUUCGAAAACAAUAAAUUUUUCCUCGACCUGGGUUCUGGGGAAGAAGUGAUCCCGCCUGUCCUGGAAAGUUCUGGUCCGGUCAAUGGUCAUCCUGCGAUGGGAAAAGUUGUCCCGACUCGUCGUGUCCCUGAUCGACCUGGGCGCCGUUUGCGUCCUCUCAACAGUUUUAUGGUUUUUCGAACUUACUGUUCCCCCGUGUUUCCCGGCAUUCCGCAGAAAACCAAAUCCGCCGCCAUCAGCACCAUGUGGGACUCGGACACAAUCAAAGACAAAUGGGCAGUUUUGGCCCGUGCCUACACCGUGAUUCGCGAUGAGUACGAGAUCGCCAACCCUUCUCUUCCCGAGUUCGUUGAACUUACCUCGGUUCUUUUCGGUCUUCCUACCCCAAAGGAUUAUCUUAGAUACUCUGGCUGGGAAAUUGCGGAAACUGGGGCAGGAUUUGACUUGAUCCAGACAGGGGAAAACUGUGUUCACGAAUAUCUUUCCGUCGAUGAGCCUUUGAGUGUCGAGGAUGUUCUCAGUUACUGUGAACUUGUGGAUUACGCUGUGCCCAAGGACGAUUCAACUUCGCAGCAGAAUUUCCAGAAUGAGUCUGUUUUGGCCAUCGGCGCUCACACCUGGGUUUUCAAUGAUGAAGGAGAAAGAAAGGUGUCCGACAAUGAGUUCGAGGUUGAGGAAAUGUACUCCGAAUUGGACCCUGUGAUCGACUUUGACAUUGAGCCCAUUUAUGAUCCCGACCAGGUCCUUCAGCUCGACAGCGAUGUUCCUAUGCAGAACCUCGAUGCCCUCAACGCUUACCUCACCUACGACUUUUCUACUGCCGUUGAUGACCUGUGA